AUCAAAUUCAUUUCAUUUUUUAAGAGUUUUCAGAAAUAAUUUAUGGGAAAUUACUUAUCUAGGUUUGGUCCUUAUCACUGCUGGAGCUGUAAGGAAAAAGAUAUCAUCACUCAAGACCGUUUGGACGCUCUUGAAGAAAUCGUGAACAGUUUGAGAAGAAAUGUUCGAGUUUUGGGACACGGUUGGGUCUUUAGAGGCGAAGGCGUGGCAAACCAAGGUGUUGUCAACGAAAUCGUCACUGCUAUAGAGAGCGGUUGUCCCAGGGCUGUGAGAAGCUUGCUAGAUGCUGGUUGGAGGCUGGAAGCUGCCCAAGCUUUGUAUAUCUUCCUGACACGGCUGGAACAACCCUUAAUACCGACUUCUAUCCAGUCACUAGUUUUAGAUAACAACAACAGAAAUGUGCCUCCGGAAGUCGUGGCAUCCGACGUCCUGGGCCUGAUAAGAGAAGAACUCAGCCUCAGACACAGGACUCUCAUAGCUUUGAUACUAAAUUUGUUGGAUUGCAGCAUAAAACUGUCACCCGCAGACGAACUGAGAGGGCACACGUUGCCAGUUUCCAUGUUGCCGCAGUUUUUUAACAUAGAAAAUCACCAUUUCAUGGAAGAAUGGAGAAGAAUUCUAAUAAUUUUUGUGGAAUUGAUAAGACAGGCGUCCACAGCAUUGACAGUGAGUAGAAGCCAUUCAGAAAAUCUAAGAUAGAAUUUUAGUUUUAUAUAAAAACAAUUUAUUACUUUGUA